AAAUCAAUUCUUGAGCACCAAAAGAAGGUAGGGAGGGGGAAUCCGCAAGCUAGCGCAGACGCUUUUACAUGUUCGGUGGCUUCCACUCCAAUCUGAGAGGCGCGUGCUUCAACGCCGACAAUAGGUUUUGAUUUCUCGUUGAUUCGGACGAUCGGUUAUUAGACGGGCAAACCCGUGAUUGUUCUUUUACUUGUUAUCUCUAUGAGACAGAAGAGAGGCUCUUCGUCUUCAACCUCUCCAUGUGCCCCACUUCGAGAUGCAUACCACAAUUGCUUCAACAGGUGGUACGCCGAGAAAUUCAUGAAGGGUCAGUGGGAUAAAGAAGAAUGUCUUUCCGAGUGGGAAAAGUACAGAGCUUGCCUUUCUCAAAAUUUGGAAGAUAAACAUCUGAGUCGCUUCUUAGAAGCUGAGGGCGUUGUCAGUUCUAAGUUUAUGACGAUUCAGGGAAAGAUGCUGCUUCUGGUGCAUCACAAUAACAUAUCUUUUGACUUAAAUAGAAAUUAUCCGGACGAAGGUAACUUGCAGGAUCAUUAUACUCGUUUCCCCCCCUCCAAUUUUGUCGACGUUUAAUGAUGCCCAUCCGGAAGCCAUGCAUUUAUUAGAAAGUGCAAACAAGGAAGGAUCGUCACUCUGUUAAAUGUUUAUUUAUUUAUGCUUCAAUCUUACUUAAUGAAGAGUCUAUAAGAUAUUAGGGCUAGGCUUUUGAAGUAUCAUGGCUUGUUGGCAGCGCUGACAUCCUUUAUAAAAAAUUCAGAAAUUUUGCCCGAGUUUAUUGGUUGCUGCUGAAACCUUGUUUUUGACACUAAAUUGUGUCAAAUUAUAGCCAUUCAAGCUGAACUCUUCAUAUAUAAAUUGGAGAAAUCCUUGCUGUAAUAAAAAUAGGUUUACGAAUAGAGCCUAUUAAAAGAAGAAGAAGAAAGAAGAAAAGCAUCAACUCUUCAGAAGGAAUGUUGAGAAGCUGCUGACUUAGUUUCUCUUGUUUGUAUCCUCUGUUUUGAGGAAUGAAUCAUCUCUUUAACCCAAAAAAAAAAAUAGAAGGAAGUGAAGUGUCAAGUUUAGCUGCGGUAUGAUUUUAGGUUCUGUAAAACCAGGCUUCUUGUCGUUGUUUCGUUCCUGCAAGGUAUGUGACAGAGUUGGAUGUCAAUGUUACGGUGUUAAGCUCUAGGCAGGUAUGACUAUGCUGCAGCCUGCAGAUGGCACCUACAUUUCUCCUACAUGAUUUACUGGCCGUAGUCAAGCCCCACCCCAACCCAAAACAAAAGAAAGAAGGAAAGAAAAUGGUUGGCAUUCUUAAUUGUUUGCAACAUGACCUCAAGUUCAGCCCCAUGAACAUUCUGUGUCUUGAAUACCAGAAAAGUAAUCACUAAAUCCCCCCCCUUUAUAUAUGGUCAUGGCAUGGUUUUAAUUGUCUUAAUCUCCCUGGAGUAUGACCAGUUUAUACAUGUAAAACCUGACUCAAGCAUCUAAAGAUAGUCAAGAUGUUCCUUUUAUCUAGUCAUACAAAUUUAAACAAACUGGAACCCUUUGUUUUUGUUGUUGGCAACAUGUUCCAUGUUGUAUUUCUUGGAAUUUUGUCUUCAAAAUGCUGUGUGGAUUCAAGGCUGAAAGGUGCUAUUAAGGCAUUGGACCUCUAGUUUGCAUUAAGCGAUUGGCACCUCACCUCACCUGAGGCGUUAGCCUUUGACUACACUAAAUGGAUUAUUAUUCAACCGAGGGAGGAAAACCAUGCGUUCCUAAUCAGCAUUUUAAUAAGCGUCUAAACAAAGCGGUAGAUUUCAGAGGUAGGUCCUAAUUUUGAAUUUGUGAUUUUCAUGCAGGUAAGCCGAUGAUUGGAGGUGGGACAAGUGUUAAUGAUGUAUUUUAGAGUCCUGCUACCUUUGUAUUAGGUAUUUGUUUUGAAUGCUGUAGUUCCAGGAGAUUUGGUCUUUGAUGAAUUUAAUCCAUGGUCUACUGAAGAGGAAAAGGAAAUGAUGGUGGAUUCACGAGGAAGUUGUAUGAAAGUUUCGAUUGUGGUUAGGCGAAAAAAGGAAAAAAGCAAAAGUCUGUUUCGGAGAUU